GGGUAUGAGCUCUUUACUGUCCUGAAUACUCGUGGCCAAGGAGAAGAGAAGGUCCAGGAAUCUGUGUUCACAGAUACCACCUGACAGGAAAACGAGCGAGAAACUACCCUGUUUGUACAGGAAAGGACAAAAUCAUGCAAAAGUCCUGCAAUGAAAAACAAGGAAAACCUGAGUGCAGUGAGCCAAAGAGGGAGGAUGAACAUCCCUAUGGAGCAUUUGAAGGACAGCGACUGGAAGGGAAUUUCAGACAGAGGCUGCUUCAGUCUCUUGAAGAAUUUAAAGAAGACAUAGACUAUAGGCAUUUUAAAGGUGAAGAAAUGACAGGAGAGGAAGAAGAGAUGGAAAGGUGUUUGGAAGAAAUAAGAAGUCUGAGAAAAAAAUUUAGGGCUCUGCAUUCUAACCGCACCCCUUCUAGGGACCGUCCCUUUUAAUGCAAUAGCCUCAGAAAUUAUUUUCUGUUAUUAAUAUUCCAACUGCUUCCUGUUUUCACUUGAUUUUAUAAAUAUUUGCUAUUGUUUACUUCAAUCCUUCAGUUUUGGUUACAGCCAUGUAUAAACCUCAUGCUGUCCACAUCCCACUUUUCAACUUCACCCCACCAAUUUAAUAAGAAGUUUUGUCCAUUUAUAUGAAAGGACAAUCAUCUGGUAGUUUAUUGUAAACCCCAAACUGCAAGCUGAAAAGCAUUAUGCAUGCCUUAUGUGUUCAAUUAUGUAUGAUAUCAUACCAAAGAGGUUAAUAUAUGUGAUCUGGAUUUUCUUUCUUACUUUCCACAAAAUGAAUAUAUUCAUAUCUGUAUUUGUUUUAUUAAUUUUGUAUCACAGAAAGGAAAACAAUUAGACAUAAAGGAAAGAGGUUUAUCAAUCACUUUUGGGAAGCAGUGAAACGGCAAACUUUUAAUAACAGAAGUAUAAGAAAGGCAUGUCAACUGCAAAUUGCCUUUGGAUUUCUUAGCCAGAGGAAUAAACUGACCAUUAUAAAA